ACAUACUGUGCAAAGAGCCACGACAGGAGUUGUGUAUCUUGGAGCGGUCGCUUUUAUGCAGCAGCCGCGCCCGCAAUUGCGCAAGCAACACCUGCAGGCGUCGUGAGACUAAGCCCUGUCCUUGAAAGCAUUCCAUGGAGGAUACCGAACCUAGUAGUGAGCUGCGUCCGCAACAGCCGUCGCCGGUCGCCGCGGACCCCGCCGACUUGGCCGGCCCCUCCUCGCAGCAGCCGUGGAAGUAUGACAUCGCCACCGAGCAUGCCUCGCUGACGACCACCGGCGGCCGCAUCUGGGACGCGGCCCGGCGCCUGGCGAGCUACCUGGAAGCCAUGUCGGGGCCACUGGGGCUGCAGCGGCCGGGGCUGCGGGUGCUGGAGCUGGGCGCGGGACUGGGAUGGCUGGGCAUGACGCUGGCGCGCAACAUCCGCGUGGACCCCGGACAGGGCGGCAUGGUGGUGUUGACGGAGCAGGAGGCGGGCGGUGGACUGGACUGGCUGCGACACAACCUCCGCCUCAACGCAGCAGCCCUGGGGCUGCAGGGCGAGGGCCUGCUGGAGGGAGGGCUGCAGCAGGGGGGACCGCAGGCGGCAGCCUCGGUUGGGCAGCAAGAGGGGCAAGGGGGAGAAGGGGGGCAGCAGCAGCCGGCGGUGAGGGCGGAGGCGUGUGACUGGUUCCUGUACUGCAACCCCGACCUCACCACAGCACGUGCCGGUGCCGGUGCCGGUGCCGGGGAUAGGGGAGACCAGGGCAGCCAGGGCGGUGGCGGCGGUGGCGGCGGCGGCGGCGGCGCCAUCGGAGCAGCGGCAGGGAGCGCAACGGGCCAGGCCACCGCCAGCGCGGACGCGGGCACCGCCGCCGCCUCGCGCCGCUAUGCCGAGCCGCUGGCGCCGGGGGCCAGCCUUGCCGCGGCGGGGCUAGCAGCAGCAGCAACGACAACGGCAGCAACGACCGCAGCAACGGCAGUAGCAGCAACGGUAGCAACGACCGCAGCAACGGCAGCAGCAGCAGGGGCAGCUGGGGGCACUGGCGCUGACGGGUGUAGCGGCAGUGGGGGUAGUGGCACCGGUGCUGGAUCUGGCGCUGGUGGCGGCGGCGGCGGCGGCGGCGGCGAGUGGUUGUCGGGUGUGGCGUGGGACCUGAUCAUUGGCAGCGACCUGGUUUACAACGAGGUCGGGGCCGUGUACCUGCCGAGGGUGCUGCGGGCGCUGUCGCGGCCGGGGCACACACGUGUGCUGUACGCGCACACCAAACACCGCUUCGACACGUGGGACAUGCGGUUCUAUGAGGAGCUGGCGGCCCAGGGGCUGUCGCUGGCCGAGGUGUGGGAGACCGGAGCGCCCAGCCCGCCGCCCAGCCCGCCGCCGCUCACGGAGCUGUUCCCCGAUAUGCGGGUGGCGGUGUUCCAGAUAGGGCAGCAGCCGCCGCCCAGCUGAUGAGGAGAGGAGCUGAGUGAGGGGGGGGGCUUGGGGCUUGGAGCGGGUUCGAGCGGGUUGGAGAGGGGUUUGGUGGGUUUGAUGGGUUUAGAGGGGCGGGCGUGGUUCUGGUGUUGGGUUGAGGAGGUGCGCUGUAGGCGGGGCGGGGCAUGACGGUGCUGAGUGUGUGUGGGGGGGGAGGGGGGUUCGUGGACUUGACGUGACCCGUGUGAAGGGCGAGGAAAAGGCGGACGGCGUCCGUGCGCGGUGUUUUUGAUGGUUGGAUGGACUGAAGGACAAGUCAGGGCGAGUGGAGUGUUACAAUCAGGUUUGCAUUCCCUUGGUAUAUCAGGCAAUAUUUGAGGGGAAUCAGUUAUUGUGCGUUAGGCAACUUCGCGCGGCGCCAGUAACCAGUGGGGGCGACGUGACGGGUGGGAUUGGGAAGGCGCAUC